GGUAAAAGGCCUACCCAGUGGGCUUCUUACCCCACAUGCAGGGUAAGAAGCCCCCUUUAUUAUUUUUUAAAAAAUUGUCAUUAUAAUAAAGUCAAAAUCAUAAUGAGUGGAUAUAAUAUAGGCAUAGAUAGGCCUUAGCCUAAGCUUUCAACAUAACUUUUUUUCAAAAUUCUAUUGCAAAAAAUGUGGCUACAACAGGCAGUCUCCCUUAUGGGGGGCAACUUACCCCACCUUACCCUAUGUAUUCACUUACUGGUAGCACGUACGAACGCGUGAAGCAGGUUCGGUAGCACGUACGAACGGGUGAAGCAGGUUCGGUAGCACGUACGAACGGGUGAAGCAGGUUCGAACGCAGGUUACUUGUGUUCGAAAAAUUUCCAUCGAAUUCAGGUUAUUAGUUAUUCUCUAAUGUUUGUUAGUUGGUUUGUGUUAUUCUCAAGUAGCCAAUAAUCUUUUUUUGCUGAGGACACGUCUAAGUUGUAUUCAACCAAUAGCGAUGCUCCGUGUAGGUAACAUACAUACGUGGAGUGUUUGGUUGUUGGUGGUUGCUGGGUCAGUAUGAGCAUGGAUUCUUUAUGUUCAGCUUGUUCCCUCACUGAGUAUGCAUUGAUUAAAAAAGCGCACAAAGACGACGAAGAAGCGUUGAAAAUUCUUCGCGAUCACGGUGUGCUACCUCGUCACGUAGUGUGCGUAACGUGUGGACGUGACUGCAUAUAUCAUGAAGACAGGAAACAUUGGCGGUGCACAGGCUCAUUAUGUGAUUCCCAAAACCAAGAAACGGCGGCUUUGUAAUUUCUCUACAAGUGACUAUAAAGGCACAUUCUUAGAAAAUACACAAUUAAAACCCUGACAAAUAUUGCGUUUCCUUAAUGUAUGGGUUAGGAAGCAUUUUCACACGGCCAAAUCCUAGCAAAUUUAGAAAUCUCAAGACAGACGGCCGUGGACUGGAGAAGUUUCUGCAGCGAGGUGACGGAGUUCUGGUUUUCUAAUCAGAAACCUAUUGGUGGAGGGGACAAAAUCGUAGAAAUUGACGAAACUUUAAUAGUGAAAAGAAAAUAUGAAUGGGGCCGAGUGUUGAGCCAAACAUGGCUAUUUGGUGCAGUAGAACGUGACUCCAAAACGUGUGUGGUAGUUCCUCUAAUAGAGCCAUUGAGUGCAAAACGUGACUCUGCUACACUCAUUCCUAUUAUAAAGAAAAACGUUCGCCAGGGGUCAGUCAUUAUAAGUGACUGCUGGAAAGCAUAUUCAAAUAUAUCUAAAGAAGGAUAAACACACAGAGUAAUACGAGUAAAUCAUUCUGAAAACUUUGUUGACCCAGCAGAUUCAGAGGUGCACACACAGAACAUUGAGCGACUCUGGAGGGACGUCAAGGAGUGGGUCAAGCGUCCUGGCAUUCGACCCACCUUCCUGAGCCAAUACUUAGGGCGAUAUCUUUAUCUUCAGAAUUGCGAAGGAGGAACUGAACUACAUCCCUUUUUACGAGAAGCGGCACGGCUAUACCCACCACAGUCGGAAAGAGCACUCCAGCAGCAGAGUGGUGGAGCGCCUGUCCCGUCAUUUAGUGACAAAGCUUCUUCGGAGGAAGACGGAUCUGGUGAAGCCGCCGGACCAUCUUGGCGUCGUCAGUAAUAAGACAAAAAUGAGCACUUCAGCAAGCUCCGUUGACAAGAACUCAUCAAAUGGGUGGAUAAAGUUAAUUACCAAUGAUGAGGUAAAUAAAGUGCUGACAUGGGAAGUUCUGAUACCAGCAAUUAGACGGGCCUUGGUUGCUGUCAGCCAAGGCCCUAACCAUCCUGAUGGAGCCAUUCAGCCACUUCGCUCCUUUAUGCCUUUACCUAAGCAGCAAGGAGGAAUGCUUUUGAUGCCAGGACUUGUGAAUGAUGAGGCUCUAGCAGUCAAGAUACUAACUUUCUUACCGAAAAACAGUGACCAUGGACAUAACACUCACUCAUCUAAUAUACUGUUGCUACAUGAAGAUACUGGGCUCCCUGCUGCAUUCUUGCAAGGGGAGGUCAUCACAGCCCUCAGAACAGCUGCAUCAUCUGCAGUUGCUACACAUGAACUGAAAGUAAAAGGAGGGUGUAGCAGCUGGACAGUUGCAGUUUUAGGUGCUGGGGUGCAAGCAGCAUCUCAUGCUAGAGCCAUGGCACACAUUCUUAAGCUCAAGAAGAUUAUAGUAUGGGCACGGAGAACAGAAGCAGCAGAAGAGCUAUGUAGUACUUUGCGUGCUGAAGGAAUACCUGCAGGAACUGCCCACACUGUGGAGGAAGCAGUUAAGGAGGCAGAUGUAAUAAAUUCUUGCACCGGAACAACAUCUCCAAUUUUGAAAUUGGAAUGGAUUAAACCAGGAGCCCACAUAAACAGUGUUGGUGCUCCACGUCCAGAUCAGCAGGAGAUGGAAGAGAACCUAGUUCAUGCAUCUACCAUAUACACGGACAGUUAUGAGGCCGCCUACAAAGAGUCAGGAGAUGUUAUCAAGUCGAAGGCUACAGUAUUUGCAGAGAUUGGUGAAGUUAUACUUGGAAAGAAGCCAGUUCUUCAUGAAAAGACAACCAUAUAUAAAUCUCUUGGUAUUGGUGUGCUGGAUGCUGUGGCUGCUCAGAUUGUCUACAACCAACUGAUGGUAUGAAUUCCAUUUGGGUGGGGCCCGUGCUUCCCUACAGGACUGCUGCAUCACCCCCAACACAUUAUUCUCUCUCACAUAUCAGCUAUUUACUAUUUGAAAUUGGGUACAAAAUAUUCGGUAUACCAAAGGCUAGAUUUGACUGCUAUGGCCAGGGGACUUCCCAAGUGGGCCCCGUCUAAUCGGACUUCAUAACUGAGUUGGACUAAAGUUGAUUCCAAAAGCCGUAACAUUACCAGGUUUUUAACAUCCAGCUGUAUUACAAGUCAAACCCGAAGGACUUUGGGAAGUUUGGGUAUGAGGAUCAUCAGGUGUUGGCAUUACCAAUGGCAUUCUUAGGUUGAGUUCAGUCAGCUUACUGGAACGAUCGGAAGAGAUGUAUAAGGUGCCUUCCCGCCCAAAGGCCACUUCCCUAUGAAUGAAAACUGAACAUUUUCAUCCAUUUCUUCACAAUGACACUCAUUAAUGUUUUUUCAUGAAAUUAUCAUUAAACUGUGGUACCCUUGUGAGUAUGAGGCAUCAUGUGACAACACACAACAGCAGCAGUAGCAGAUUUGUGUAUGACCACUGUGCAUGAUAUUAGGGGUGUUCACGAUGCUUUCAAAGCUGUCACCAUGUUAAGAUGGUGUGUCGUAUGGUUAUUAGCCAAGGUUUCAAGAGACCAAUCAAACACAGGAGUGCAGUGCUAUUACAGAGAAUGAAGUGCCAUUUGGACUGCAUAAGAAAAAACAUACACAGGGAGGAUUUGGUUAAACACACAUUAUGAGUAAUAUUACAUUCUAUCCUUAUUUGAGCAUCUGUAUGAUGUUUGUUUUAUGUCAUUAUCCUUUUCUAACAAAAUGAUAACAAUAUCAUAAAGCUCUGCAUGCUUUAAAAUCCUCUAGAAGCUUACAUAAAAUGUAGCCGUUGGCCUCAGAGAAUUGUGUAUGGUUGACAGAGGGGGCACGCUCUCCUCCUAGAAAUGCCAAUCUCAGACCUCCAGCCAUCUUUCUUACCCUGAUUUAUAACUACAAAAACAGCAUUGCCAAUGUAAAUGGCAUUUUAAAUUGAAGUUAUUAAAAAUAAUUACAUGUUUUGGUUGUGAAUAAUGGAUUUCGAUGAUUUUGAUAACUUCAUUCAUCUGUUCGUCGUCGUUCAUUAGUCUGGUCAGGGCAGUUAAUGUAGUGCACUGCUACUGGUAACAUGUAACCCAGUGCAACCAGCCGCAUGGUCGGGUAGUCGGUGGGUAAAUCGGCAAUCCCACUGGUUUUCUUUUGGACCAAUGAGGAGGGUGUGCAGGACUGCCAGGUGGAUUAAAAACAAGACCAUUCUAAGGGCAGAUGAACUCAUAUUUAUCAGAGUCAAUGGCCAUCCAGUCCCAGCUAUGGGUGAAAUAGCAGGUGGUAAACCUCACAGCCCUCCUGCAGCCUUGUAGGGUUUGCCUUUUUUGUUCAGGCAAGGGCUAGGGCUACCACUUAAAAUAGGUGGUUGGUUUAGCAAGGGCAUGCACCCGGAAAAUCUUGCACCAAAAACUGAAAAUGGCUCAAUUUACGAGCCAUAAAACGUCCAGCCGCUCAGGAAAAGUGAAAACCGACGUUAAAUGAAAUGAUGAUGAUAUGUUCAUCGCAUCAGUUGGUACCCUGUACCCCCUGCCACUGGCCUGUGAUAUAAGUGACUUGUAAUGUUGACCCGAUCGGUCCUCCCCAAACAAACCCUAUAGGGACCCGAAGACAAUUGGAUUUGACUUGUAAUAGCCAAUUAAUCAUACUAAAUGCCUUAAAUGGACUGAAACCACUGUAAAACUAGCUAUAGAACUAUAUGUUGUGUAUGUAUGUAUAUACCAUCUUGCAUAGCUAUCUUUACCUUUUCCAUCUGUACGGACAACCAACAACUCACUCCCAGUUGGGUGUACGGGCAGCUAAGGUUGCUGCAAGGUCCAAUGGCUGGAGAACACCCAGUGUAACACCACCUUCAGUCCAUGUUGUACACUCACACAGGUAGUACCCUUGCACUUAUGUCCACUUAUGUUUGUACUCUGGUGUGCGAUCUUUGUGUUUUCGGCACUAUAUUAUUAUAGUUUAUAUUUAUAUUAUUAUACCAUAUUAUUUAUAUUAAUUAUUAUUGCUACUUGUUAGUAAAAUUACUUAUUUUGCAUAAAAUAACAUGUAAAAUGAUUUUUAUUAAUAUUUUUGGAAUAUGGGACACAAUAAUGGGAUUCACAUUAAUUUAAAUGGGGAAGUUCGUUUUGGUUUAGAGUUUUUUGGUUUGCGAGCAAAGUUUUGGAACGAAUUUAGCUCAUAAAGGUAUGACAAUGUAUAUGCAUAUACAGUCAUACCUCGGUUUAUGAGUUGAAUUCGUUCCAGAAUUUGGCUCGCAAAAAUCAGAACAAAUUUCCCCAUUUAAAUUAAUGGGGAUCCCAUUGAUGCGUCCCAUAUCCCCAAAAAAUAUUAACAAUCAUUUUACAUGUUAUUUUAUACAGAAUAAAAGUAAUUUUACUAACAAAAAGCAAUGAUAAAUAAUUAUGAGAAAGUAUAAUAUUAUAAAUUUAAAUAAUAUAAGUAAUAUAGUAUAAUAUAUAAAUAAUAUACAGUACCCUCUCAAGUUUCAUGCUAUCCGAGUUUCACGAUCCUUGAGUUUUGCGGUUAGUCCUUAAUUCUUACCAUCCCGACUUUCGCGCAUUAUCACCCCGAGUUUCACGCUGCUUUGACAUGUACAGGUCACGUCUACUUACCAUCGGCGUCACGCACGCUACCUUAAAAGGUAGUAUCACACUGGACGUUUUCUUCCAAACAUUGUGGCUAUGGCAAGAGAGAGAGAGAGAGAGAGAGAGAGAGAGAGAGAGAGAGAGAGAGAGACUUAUUGACACGUAAACCGCAUUUGAACUUCCCGCUGCCUCCUCACUGUCGUGUUUGGUUCAACUCGGCACAGCCUCAAUACCACGGAGCCCCUGACUGGAGAGGAGGUGUGUAGCUUCACUCUGGUUAUGAGCCCCGGCCUCUCAUGAAAGGUGAGAUAGAGAGGAUGAAAAUUAGGAGAAAGGAGAAGGGUGUGGGGAGGGAGGGUCAGAAAUUAGACUCAGGUCAGGGCUUUGGUCAGGUCAUGUCCAUACCUGUCACACACACACACACACACACACGAGGGGAAAUGAGAAGGAUGGGGCAGAAAGUAGUCAGAUCAGGGCUUUCAUAAAAACAUGACCUGACUCAGGUCAGGUCAUGUCCUGACUUGACACACACACACACACACACACAUGCAGAAAGGGAAUGAGAAUGGUGUGGGGAGGGAGGGGCAGAAAGGAGAAUCAGAUCAGGGCUUUGAUCAGGAUAUGACCUGACUCAGGUCAAGACAUGACCUGACUCUCACUUCUGCCCCUACCUCCACCCACCCUUCUCAUUUCCCUUUCUAUGUGUAUGUGUGUGUGUGUGUGUGUGUGUGUGUGUGUCAUGACAUGACCUGACUCUCCCUUCUGCCCCUCCCCCCCCACCCCCUCCUAAUUUCCCCUUAUGUGUGUGACGCACACCCGGAAAACUUGCCGGUUGCCCAAGCUGACACCAAAGCGAUGGGAAGAAAAAGGUCCAGUGUGACACCAGCUUACAGACAACUGACAACUCGCUCCUGGAUGGGCGUACGGGCAUUGCCAGUAGCCACAACGGUUAGAGGAAAACGGUCAGUGUGACACCACCUUAAGGCAGUGAGGCCGCUGAUUGGGUUAGCGCCGGCGAUGACGUCAUCGGACUCCUAGCGAAUCACGCGUGUUUUCAGAGCUCAGCCAAUCGUAAGGGUUCAUCUGUGGCUUUAAAACGACCCGUUCUCUCUUCCUGUUUUCUUCCUUUUUCCAAGGUAGGACGUAUUUUGCGAUAACAAGGGAGUAAAGGAGGGAAAAAAGUGAGCUCCGGGGGGCAGCAUGAGCCAAUUAUAAUGGCGCCACUAUAAAUAGUUGCACCAUGGCGGGCUCAGGGCCAACCAUCAGGCCCAGAUGGAUAGUAUACUGGCGCCAUAGGCCAAAUGUAAAAAAUAAAUAAAAAUAGAAAUCUCCAUGGGUCAGAACAAAUAAGUGCUUUUUCAGUGUUUUCAAUACCUGGAGUUUAGUGCUAUACCUUUGGAACGAAGCGAGCGUGAAACUCGAGAGGACGCUGUA